AUGUCGAUAGGUUCUUCUACCAAUGACAAUGAACAAAUAUUAGCUGCAGCGCUUUCAGCAAUAUUGGGUAAAAACAUUCUACCUGAAUCCAGUGUAUCAGAACAAUCACAGCAGCAUAUAAGCAAAAUUUCUAUAUUCAAUCAGCAUUUAGCAUGCUUUAUCUACGGAAAAGUUGGUCAACAUGAUACAAAUAGCGAUGAAUCGUUCAUGACACUAUACAUUACAAUUCUAGCAACGAAAACAACGUUCCCAUGUGUGAUUGAAUGUGAUGCAAGUGUCGAUAAACUGAAACAGAUAAUUUAUGAGAAAGAAGGCUUAUUAUGUAGCAAACAAAAUUUAAUUCAUUGCGGACAAGAAAUCGAUGAAGGCCAUCUACUUAGUGAAUAUGAUAUUCAAGAUUCUAGUCAAGUAACUGUCGUACGUUUGCGAUCAAUGGAUACUGACUUGUUAGUCUUGGAUAAAAAUUCAUUGGACAGCAAGUACGACUAUGAUUUUACUAAUAUUAAUGAUAAUGGGAAAACUUUUACCCGUGGUAGUAUUGAAUAUCGUCGACCAUGCGGAUGGAAACGCUUUGCGAUUAGAGUAGCAGGCAAGUAUGAAGAUGAAAUUUGGCUUGGUUCGAAUAAUAAUUCAAAUGAAUGGCCAGUAUCUUAUCAUGGAACAAAACACGAUGCAGUGAGUUCGAUUGCACAAAUGGGCUAUGAUCUAACAAAGCAUAAACGUUUUGCUCAUGGUCGUGGUAUUUAUUCAACACCAGACGUCAACAUUGCAAAAGGCUUUGCGAAACCUUUUGUCAAAGAUGGACAGCAGUAUUUAAUUAUUCUGCAAAAUCGCGUCAACCCAAAAACUUUAGUGAAACUCUUGCCUGACAAAACUGGAAAUGGUGAAUAUUGGAUAUCGCCUGACGCUACUGAUAUUAGACCAUACGGUUUGUGUGUAAUGAAAAAACCAUGA